ACGAAUUUCAAUUUCCACUCGAAGUGCAAUGAAAUAUGUGUGAACAACCGGCGAUUCCGGAUCAUCUAUCGUUAGUGGUUGCGGUGCGAGACUCGACCUGAAGCCAGGGCUCGUGUCCGUGUGCUUAUUCCUAUUAGUUUUACCUGCAGCGGAAAGAUAAGAAAUCGCAGUGCGAAAACACUAGUUUUGCAUCCACGAGAGUCUGUGUUUUGGGUGAUUUCUCGGAGCCUGAGACGUUGAAGACGUCUACCAACCGAUCGAAAUGAUGCAAUUCUGUCCUAAUGAUACGUCCAUGGACGUUAUCUGGUUCAACCAUGGCAUAUCGCAGUGCUUCAUGGAUACGGUUGCCAUGGGAGCGAUCGGCACUUUCAUGCUGCUUUGUGGCACUUGGCAGCUGAUCAUGUACCGCCGCUAUGCAACCGAGGUAGAUCCAGUGGAAAUACGCAAGUCGCGCUUGUACAACUUUCAAGUGUUUCUGCUCAUCCUACUACCGUUGCUCACGGUGGCACGCUUCGUUUUGGAAGGGUUUGUCCUUGAACCUGCCCAAGUGUAUGGCUUCAUGAUACUGUCCAUCUCAGUAGCCCUUUUCGCGUAUCCGUUCUCGAUUGUGCUGCUGGUAAAAGAGCGCCACUACCAACUACCAACGUCACGAACAGCAGGCCAUGGAGUGAUACUACUCCUCUUCUGGACGAUGCUCUUUAUAACGCAGAACAUUGCGUUUGUUAACCUGAACUACGGUGAUGGUUGGUUCCGUCUAGAAACUCUCAGAGAUCGAGUUGAAUUCGGAUUGUUCGUGGUUCGCUAUCUCGUUACGAUGAUGCUGUUCGUGAUCGGCUUGAAAGCACCGGCCAUCACAUCGACCAUGCGCAGCGAGGAGUAUCAGAAUUUGCAUGCGCGGCCAAACGAAAACCAGUCGACGUUCCGCAAUGCCUGGAGUAAAAUGCGUACCCUUCUACCAUUCCUUUGGCCCAAAAAGGAUGUCAUACUGCAGUUCCGUAUCAUCUUCUGUUUUGUACUACUGUUUGCCGGACGUAUCAUCAAUCUGUACGUACCGAUCUACAACAAGAAGAUAGUUGACAGUCUCUCCGUUCAGCCUUCUCUGUUCCGGUGGGACUGGAUACUGCUGUACGUCGGGUUUAAGUUCCUCCAGGGUGGCGGUACUGGAUCGAUGGGCUUACUCAACAACUUGCGCAGCUUCCUGUGGAUUCGCAUUCAGCAGUACACGACGCGUGAGAUUGAGGUCGAACUGUUCCGUCAUCUACACAGCCUGUCGCUACGUUGGCAUCUGAACCGCAAGACGGGCGAAGUCCUGCGUGUCAUGGACCGAGGAACGGACAGCAUUAACAAUCUGUUAAACUACAUCCUAUUCUCGAUUGCACCAACCAUCGUGGACAUUCUGAUUGCGGUUGUGUUCUUCAUUACGGCCUUCAACUGGUGGUUCGGAUUCAUCGUGUUUCUCACGAUGACGCUUUACAUAGUGGCCACCAUCAUGGUUACCGAGUGGCGUACAAAGUUCCAGCGGCGUAUGAACCUUGCCGAUAAUCAGCAAAAGGCGCGCAGCGUCGACUCGCUACUCAACUUUGAAACGGUCAAGUACUAUGGUGCGGAGCAGUACGAGGUGGAUUCUUACCGGGAUUCCAUACUCAAGUUUCAGGAAGAGGAAUGGCGCUCAAUUAUCACGCUCAACAUACUAAAUACCAUGCAGAACAUCAUCGUUUGUGGUGGAUUGUUGGCCGGAUCAUUGCUUUGUGCCUAUUUGGUCGUCUACCAUGAUGGUUUAACGGUGGGAGACUACGUACUCUUUGCCAGUUACAUUAUCCAGCUUUACGUUCCAUUGAAUUGGUUCGGUACCUUUUAUCGUGCUAUCCAGAAGAACUUUGUCGACAUGGAAAAUAUGUUUGAUCUGAUGCGCGAAGAGCAGGAAGUGCUGGAUGCGCCAGGAGCAGGUGAUUUGGCCGUAGUGCGUGGAGGCAUCGACUUUAACGAUGUCACUUUCGGAUACAAUGCCGAGCGCUUUGUCUUGCGUAACGUUAGCUUCACGGUACCGGCGGGUAAAACAGUCGCCAUCGUUGGACCUUCCGGAGCGGGCAAGAGCACGAUCAUGCGGCUUUUGUUCCGGUUCUAUGACGUGGAUAGCGGAUCAAUAUCGGUAGAUGGACAAAACAUCAAAACGGUUCGGCAGGCAUCGUUGCGUAAGGCGAUCGGCGUUGUACCGCAAGAUACGGUUCUGUUUAACAACACGAUCAUGUACAACAUUCAGUACGGUCGGGUUGGAGCACCGGAAGCCGACGUCAUUAUGGCGGCCCGUAGCGCGGACAUACACGAACGCAUCCUCAACUUUCCGGAGAAAUACGAGACGCAGGUUGGCGAGCGAGGUUUACGGUUAAGCGGUGGGGAAAAGCAACGUGUUGCGAUUGCCAGAACGAUUCUAAAGGCGCCCUCGAUAGUGCUCCUGGAUGAGGCGACCAGUGCGCUUGACACACAAACCGAACGUAACAUACAGUCGGCCCUGGCAAAGGUGUGUGCCAACCGAACGACAUUAAUCAUAGCGCACCGCCUGUCCACGAUUAUACACGCAGAUGAAAUCGUGGUGCUGAAGGAGGGUUCUAUUGUGGAGCGUGGCCGGCAUGAUAUCCUGCUCGAACGAAACGGUGUGUACGCCGAGAUGUGGAAUCAACAGUUGAAAAACCUGGAACUGGGAUCGAAUGCCACGGAAGUUAGUAACGAAGUGCCUAAUGGAUCGGUUAAUGGAACGCCCAAUAAAAUGUCAGCAAUCGCAGCACCACCAGUAGCAGCCCCUCACCCUCAUCACAAACAUCAGUAAUAGUAAGGCUGGUACAUGAGUGAUACCAUUAGGGAGAACGUUUUGGGAUAAAGGUCAUCUUCAUACUUAUCGUGAUGAAUGAUUUGUGAUAGCGAGCUACUAAAACAGGCAAACUAUGGUUCGUUCCGAGAAGAACAAAAUUACCGACCAACAUAGAACGUACAAAUAAAGAAUCGGAACUGCUUGUUCUUCUAGUAAAUGUAUUGUUGGAGAAAAUAUUAUUUCCGCUUAGUUUUAUUCUUCAGUGCCAACAAUCGUAUUCGAAGGUAGCUUUUACAUAUUUCAAUAUUUUAAAUAUGCAUGUAUUUAAAAUAUCUAGCAGUACUGCGCUGGGGUGGUUCAGUGAAGAUGCCCAUUGGUUACGCACCA